CCUAACCACCUGGCGUGGGCUCAACUUCCUCCUUUCCCUUCAUUUACCUCGGCUGCUCUGUGAGAAUCACCUAAAAUAUACCAAGCAGGCACUUUUGGGGAACACACAUCAGUCUCCGGAUCAGAUCUGGAGCUAAACAGACAUGGGGAGUGGUUCUGGGUGGAAGGAGGAGUCUGACCGAACCACAAGCCCUGGGUGAUUCUGCUGCUGGAAGCUUCGGAUGCUGCUUCCCUCUGGUGGUAGCCGCUUGCCCUGCAACUCAGACCACGUGAUUUCUAGGAAUCGGACCUCCCUGGAGGAGAACUGAAACUUAGGGUGGGGACUGUAGAAAGGGGAGGAGAGAUCAGAAACAGCCUGGAACAAGCGGAGCCUGGGAUGUCCUCGGUCGCUCAGGAUGGCCUCGGGCAAAGCACGCUGCACUCGAAAGCUCCGGAGCUGGAUUGUGGAGCAGGUGGAAAGUGGGCAGUUCCCAGGGGUGUGCUGGGAUGAUACAGCCAAGACCAUGUUCCGGAUUCCCUGGAAGCAUGCAGGCAAGCAAGACUUCCGAGAGGACCAAGAUGCUGCCAUUUUCAAGGCUUGGGCACUGUUUAAGGAAAAGCACAAAGACGGGGACAUAGGACACCCUGCUGUCUGGAAGACUCGCCUGCGCUGUGCCCUCAACAAGAGUUCUGAAUUUGAGGAGGUUCCUGAGAGGGGUCGUAUGGAUGUUGCUGAACCCUACAAAGUAUAUCGAAUACUGCCAGCAGGAACCCUCCCUACCCAACCCCGAAACCAGAAGUCACCAUUCAAGCGAAGUAUCAGUUCUGUGUCACCAGAGAGGGAAGAGAAUAAGGAAAAUGGGAAGACCAAUGGAGUUAUAAACCACUCAGACAGUGGCAGCAACAUCAGCGGCCAUGACGGCUGCAGCAGUAACAGCUGCAGCAGCAGCAGCUCUGAGCUAGAGGAAGGAGCUGGCAUAACGGAAGCUACCAUUAAAGAGGACCCAGUGUUCAUGGAGCAUCACCUUCCUCUGAACUCAGACUACUCGCUGCUGCUCACCUUUAUCUAUGGUGGACGUGUGGUGGGCGAGACUCGGGUGUGCAGCCUAGACUGUCGGCUUGUGGCUGAGCGCUCAGACUCAGAGAGCAGCAUAGUGCAGGUGGAAUUUCCCAAACCUGACCCACUGGAGCCUACCCAGCACCUGCUGAAUCAGCUGGAGAGAGGCAUCCUGGUGGCCAGCAAUUCCAGAGGCCUCUUUGUUCAGCGCCUUUGCCCCAUACCCAUCUCCUGGAAUGCACCCGAGGCCCCACCUGGACCUGGGCCUCAUCUACUGCCCAGCAAUAAGUGUGUGGAGCUCUUCAGGACCACCUACUUCUGUCGAGAUUUGGUCCAGUACUUCCAGGGCCAGGGGCCCCCACCCAAGUUCCAGGCAACACUGCAUUUCUGGGAAGGGAGUCCUGGCUCUGGCCAGACCCAAGAGAAUCUUAUCACAGUGCAGAUGGAGCAGGCCUUUGCCCGACAUUUACUGGAGAGGAUUCCUGAGGAGGAGAAGGCCGCCCUGUUCCUGGUACAGCACGCAGAGCACUCACCUGCCGCUCUGGCGCUCUGAUCCUCGGGCUCCACUGAAAUAGACUUGUUCUCCACACUGUUGGUCUGCUUGCUUUUGUCAGGAUCCAUACCACUGUGGGUUAUCCAGCGUGGCCAAGAGAAAGUGCAAGGAUAAUCUUUAUCCUUAAAAUUUUAUUUUGAGAA